AUGGGUGGGGUGGCUCUCUCAGAGGGAACUCUCCCCAAGCGUGAGACUGGCGGGGGAACUCUCCACAAGCGUAAGACUGGCGGGGGAACUCCCCACAAGCGUGAGACUGGCGGGGGAACUUCCCACAAGCGUGAGACUGGCGGGGGAACUUCCCACAAGCGUGAGACUGGCGGGGGAACUCCCCACAAGCGUGAGACUGGCGGGGGAACUCCCCACAAGCGUGAGACUGGCGGGGGAACUCCCCACAAGCGUGAGACUGGCGGGGGAACUCUCCACAAGCGUGAGACUGGCGGGGGAACUCUCCCCAAGCGUGAGACUGGCGGGGGAACUCCCCACAAGCGUGAGACUGGCGGGGGAACUCCCCACAAGCGUGAGACUGGCGGGGGAACUCUCCCCAAGCGUGAGACUGGCGGGGGAACUCCCCACAAGCGUGAGACUGGCGGGGGAACUCCCCACAAGCGUGAGACUGGCGGGGGAACUCUCCCCAAGCGUGAGACUGGCGGGGGAACUCUCCCCAAGCGUGAGACUGGCGGGGGAACUCCCCACAAGCGUGAGACUGGCGGGGGAACUCCCCACAAGCGUGAGACUGGCGGGGGAACUCCCCACAAGCGUGAGACUGGCGGGGGAACUCUCCCCAAGCGUGAGACUGGCGGGGGAACUCUCCCCAAGCGUGAGACUGGCGGGGGAACUCCCCACAAGCGUGAGACUGGCGGGGGAACUCUCCCCAAGCGUGAGACUGGCGGGGGAACUCUCCACAAGCGUGAGACUGGCGGGGGAACUCCCCACAAGCGUGAGACUGGCGGGGGAGCCGUGAGAGAGUGA